AUGGGUCGCAAGCAAACAACACAGCAUGUCCUUGAGGAAUUGCCUGUACCAGGCGAUGGACAAUGCGUAGCCAAAGUUGUAGAAAACAGAGGAGGUGGCAACUACGUAGUUCAAGUACCGGCGGAAGUGAAUUGGACGGAUGAACCCACAUUGUUAGUCUCACUACCGUCGAAAUUCAGAAAGCUGAUCUGGGUCAAACGAGGCAGUUUUGUCAUAAUACAAAGGGAGGAAGGCAAGACAAAGAUUGCGGGAGAAAUUGUCCAUGUCCUAUUUCUUGAUCAUAUAAAACACCUGAAAGCCCAAGGAAUAUGGCCUGCCGAAUUUGAACCGAAUCCUCCGAGUGCCAAAGAUGGGGAGAGUGAUGAGAGCCAAUCCGAUGAUGAGGAAAAUGAUGAUGAUCUGUUUGUGAAUCCAAACCGACAGUAUGAUGAAGAUGACGAUGAUGACGAUGACGAGUAAAGGAUGGAUUGGAGUUUUCUGGACUUGUUAAAACGACAGCGUCCCCCACAACCCAUAUCGACCACCCUGCAGUAGCAUUACUCGGGACGGAGAAGUACAAUGGGGCUGGUGCCAUCUGAACGCGGUCGCAUGUAAAGGAUAAAGGAUAGAUUCAGGCCUGUUCCUACGGAUGUUGCCUAUUAGAUGACUUGAGGUCAUUAACGCAUAUAGUAAUUUAUUAUCCCUUCAAUGAUAUUGCAUAAUUGCAUACUUUCACGUUCA